GUGUGAGAGAGUGUGUGUGUGUGUGUGUGAGAGAGAGAGAGAGAAAAAUAGAGAGAGUGUGUGUGUGAGUGAGAGAGAGAAAGAGAGAGAGAGUGUGUGUGUUUGUGUGUGUGAGAGAGAGAGAGAGAGAUUGAGUGUGUGUGUGUGUGAGAGAGAGAGAGAGAGAGAGAGUGUGUGUGUGUAUACACGUGUUGUCGGUGUUUUUAAAUAAUUCCCAUCACACCGAAUCAAAACCUUGAGCUGGUCUGCAGGGUGGAUAUUCCGAUUAUUGGUUCCGUUUCUGUGCACUGUAUAUACUGUAGAGGACAUGUAAGUAAAGCCAUGACACCUGCACAGCCAAGGAUUAUUCUGUUAUUCAGCGGGAAACGGAAGUCAGGGAAGGACUUCGUGACUGAUUUAUUCCAGAAAAGAGUCACUGGAGAGAUGUGCUGCAUACUCAGACUGUCUGCACCUCUCAAACAACAGUAUGCACAGGAUCAUGAUCUGGACUAUGAGGCACUCUUGGGUUCUGGUCAGUAUAAAGAGAGUUAUCGUGCUGAUAUGAUCCAGUGGGGUGAGAUGAAGCGACAGCAGGAUUCUGGAUUCUUCUGUAGACUGGCCAUUAAACAUGCCACACAACCACUCUGGAUAAUCAGUGACUGCAGACGUGUGUCCGAUGUGCAGUGGUUCCGUCAGGAGUUUCCUGAUAAAUGUGUGUGUGUUCGGGUGGAGGCGUCUGAGGAAACACGGUCACAGAGAGGCUGGAGGUUCACUGCAGGUGUAGAUGAUGCUGAGUCGGAGUGUGGUUUGGAUGAGGGAGUGACUUUUGACUGGAUCAUCAGGAAUGAUGGAGAUGAAGAUGAUCUGCAGGCGCAGCUGGAGGGACUGCUGUCAUUGGUCAAGUCAAAAACACAAAACAAUAUUCAACUGGUUUGAUGAAGUUUUACAGAUUGUUUAUUUGCUGUCAGUCUUAGACUCUGUUCAACUGGAGCCCUCGCAAACUCAAGAAAUAGCUCAUUCAAAAAACGAAGGUUCCGUCAUCACUUACUCCACACUUCUUCUGUGUUCUUCAGUGGAACAAAAAAGGAGAAAUUCUGAAGAAUGUUCAAAGUGAAAGCAUACAGAGACAAGCUCCAAAAAGGACAAAAGACACUAUUAAAGCACCACAGAAAUAGUCCAUAUGACUCAUGUGCUAUAUUCCAAAUCUUCUGAAGUCCCACGAUGUCUUUGUGUGAGGAACAGACCAGAAAUCAGACUUUAAAAAUUAUUCACUUAUUCUUAAAAUCUCAUUAGCUCUUUUUUUAACUUUGUAGGUUGCGAUUAGUUAUGAGACAGGCAAAAAAAGUCGGAAUAUAGCAAAAACAAUUUGCGAAUGUGUUCUAGAGAACAAAAUAGUCAUUUCUGGAGAAACUGGCACAAAAUGGAAGUUGAAGCCACUGUGGCUCUUUUAUUAAAUGUAAUAAAUUACUUGUGGUUUAGAGCACACUGACCAAACACUCUCGCAAACUUCUUGUUUGCCUACAUUCAGCAGCAGAUGUCUUAGGUCUGGGUGCGAAAGCGUGUCGCUCAGUUCUGGGAGGUAAUAACAGACAAUCAUUUUCAGGACAGGCUUUGGCACCGGCAUUUCAGAAUGACCAGAGCAACAUUUCAGAUGUUGUGCCAUGAUAUUGGUCCAGUUAUGAGAGAAUUGUUCAUUCACAUGACUUGAGGCAAAGUCACAUGACUUUUUGUUUAUGUGCAUCUAGUAUUUAUUCAGUAAAUGUGUUUCUACUGGUUUAUUUGUCUUCUUUUUGAAAAAAAAAAAAAAAAAUCAUAUAAAUGAUAUGUUUUUAUGCUCAUUUUGGUGUUUCCAUUUAGUUUUUAUGCGAUAUCCAAAAAUUUGCAUAAAAAUAUGUGGAUGAAAACCCAACUAUUGGCAUCAAACUUGGCAUAACACAUCUUGACAUUUAAAGGGAUAGUUGACCCAAAAAUGAAAAUUCUCUCAUCAUUUACUCACCCUCAUAACAUUCCACAUAUGUAUGACUUUCUUUCUUCUGCUGAACACAAACAAAGAUUUUUAGAAGAAUAUUUCAGCUCUGUAGUCAUAUGAAUCAUUUUACAAAACUUUAUGGUGCUUUUUUGGAGUUUGACUAUACCGAAUACUUGAAAUAUAUGGAAAAGGUCAGCGUGAACAUUCUGUGAAACUUUAUUGAUCCAUGGAAGAACAAAGGUUUGCAUGUCAGCUCUUAUGACAUAUCUGCUUCAGCAGUACCGUCAUCUAGAAUGUGAGCACAUGUGAAACAGCAUGUAAAUAAACUUUACACAGUGUGUGUACAGGUAAUACUGGAUCUAUAGGUGUAGUUUUUCUUUUAUAAGGAUAGUUGACCCAAAAAUGAAAAUUCUCUCAUCAUUUACUCACCCUCAUGUCAUCCCAGAUAUGUAUGACUUUAUUUCUUCUGCAGAACACAAAGAUUUUUAGAAGAAUAUUUCAGCUCUGUAGGUCCAUGCAAUGCAAGUGAAUGGUGACCAGAACUUUGAAGCUCCAAAAAGCAGAUCAAGGCAGCAUAAAAGUAAUCCACCAAACUCCAGUGGUUUAAUCAAUGUCUUCUGAAGUGAUAUAAUCAGUUUUGGGUGAGAACAGACUAAAAUGUAACUCCUUUUUCACUGUACAUAUUGACAGUUGUUUCCUUGGCGAUCAUGAUUUCAAGCUUGAUUACACUUCCUAUCCAGUUUUCCUGAUCAAUCACUGGGUGGUGCCAUGAUGAUUCUAAUUGCCUGUUUUCUGUUCUGGUCUCGAGACGCAAUGUAAAACGAACCAAAACGAGGGAUCCAGAUAGAGAACAACAACCAUUUCUGUGUUAGUUGGAGUAAAAAUGAACUUCAGGCUCAACUUGUGUAGCUGUUGGCUGUCAUAACACAAAGUAGUACAUGAUAUAAAUGUAAUUAACCUCGGAUCAUCACUAAAUGACAUUCACACACACUCAGGUGAGGCACUGUCAAUAAAAAGUAAUCUCGACUCUGUGAAGUAUUGGCACUAUACAACAGCCACGUGUUUUUUGACAAAUGCAAUACUUCAAACAGCACAUUAUCUGCUAAUAAUAUACGCCGACGCGAGUGAAAACACUGGAGACCAGAAACUGAAAACAGGUGAAUCGUGGAUCAGGAAUAAGGUGGAUAGCUCUGUGCAUGCAUCAAUCACAAGGAAAUGUGAUUGAGCUUGAAAUCACGAUCAUCACGGAGACUGCUGUCAAUGUGUAUAGUGAAAAAGGAGUUACAUUUUGAUCAGUUCUCACCCAAAAUCAGCUGGAUCAAUUCUGAAGACAUUGAUGAAACCACUGGAGUUUGAUUGAUUAUGUUUAUG